GUAAUCAUAGAUGACCAACUGCCCGUUGAUCAUAACGGGGAACUUCUCUGCUCUUAUUCUAACAAUAAGAAUGAAUUAUGGGUAUCGCUGAUAGAAAAGGCUUACAUGAAGGUUAUGGGAGGAUAUGAUUUUCCUGGAUCAAAUUCUAACAUCGAUCUCCACGCACUGACUGGUUGGAUACCUGAAAGGAUUGCUAUGCACUCUGACAAUCAAGCUUUCAAUAAAGAUAGUACUUUCAGAAUGCUUUACCAGAGAUUUCACAAAGGAGAUGUCCUUAUCACAACAGCAACAGGGGUGAUGUCUGAAGAGGAAGGAGAAAAAUGGGGUUUAGUUCCAACUCAUGCGUAUGCAGUCUUGGAUAUAAGAGAAUAUAAGGGACUUCGAUUUCUUCAGUUGAAAAAUCCCUGGAGCCACUUACGUUGGAAGGGACGAUACAGCGAAAAUGACACAAGAAAUUGGACCCCAGAUUUACAAAAAUACUUGAACUUUGAUCCCAGAACGGCUCAGAAAAUAGACAAUGGCAUUUUCUGGAUUGCCUGGGAGGACCUGUGCCAGUACUACGAUGUGAUUUAUUUGAGUUGGAACCCAAGUCUUUUUAAAGAAUCUACGUGUAUUCACAGUACGUGGGAUGCGAAGCAGGGUCCGGUGAAGGAUGCCUACAGCCUGGCUAACAACCCCCAGUACAAGCUCGAGGUCCAGUGUCCGCAGGGUGGAGCUGCCGUCUGGGUUCUGCUUAGCAGGCACAUCACAGAUAAGGAUGACUUUGCACACAAUCGGGAAUUCAUUACGAUGGUUGUAUACAAGACUGAUGGCAAAAAAGUUUACUAUCCAGCUGACCCUCCUCCGUAUAUCGACGGUAUCCGGAUCAACAGUCCCCAUUACCUGACCAAGAUAAAGCUGACCUCUCCAGGGCCCCAUACCUUUACCUUAGUGGUGUCCCAGUACGAGAAACAGAACACCAUCCAUUACACCAUCAGGGUGUAUUCCUUGUGCAAGUUCACCUUCUCCAAGAUUCCUACACCUUACACCACUUCCAAACGGGUUAAUGGACAAUGGAAAGGUCACAGCGCUGGAGGAUGUGGAAAUUUCCGAGACACCUACAGAAACAACCCCAUUUAUCAGUUCCAGCUGGAGAAGAAUGGGCCGUUACUGAUUGAGCUACGGGGACCGAGGCAAUACAGCGUUGGGUUUGAACUCGUCACCGUCUCGACGGUAGGAGAUCCUGGUCCCUCCGGCUUUCAGAAGAAGAGCAGCGGCGACUACAGGUGUGGAUUUUGCUACUUGGAAGUGGAGAACCUCUUUGCUGGAGUUUACAACAUCAUCCCCACCACAUUCCUGCCUCAGCAAGAGGGUCCUUUUUUCUUAGACUUUAACAGCACUGCUCCUCUCAAGGUGUCGCAGCUGCAGUGA